AUGAUGAAGUCGCCCGAGCCUUCUGAUAUUGGUUCUCCGGUUGCGACAAAGGAUCUCGUGAACAUCACACACGCCCACGCGUUCGACCCAAACCUGCCACAGGAGAAGAUCGACCUCGUGAAACGGGCGAUACAAGAUGGCGAUGCAGACGAGAUUCUGGAGGCUGAUGCACUGUUCAGCGAAGACUCGCCGUAUGACCAGGUCCGCGCCGCUGUCCGCAACACGGACGGCGAAGAAGUGGCCAACACCGUCCGCGCCUGGAUCCUGGGCAUGAUCUUUGUGACCAUUGGCAGCGGUCUCAAUAUGUUCCUGUCCAUGAGGAGCCCUGCAAUCAAUUUCCCUGCCAUUGUUGUGCAGCUGCUUGUCUACCCCAUCGGUUGCCUGUGGGCCAGGACUAUGCCGACCAGAGUAUUCAAUUGGUUUGGGUUGAAAUGGACCUUCAACACCGGGCCAUUCACCAUCAAGGAGCACGUUGUCGUUGUGUUGAUGGCUAACUCAGCAGACAGCACGGAUGCUUUAUUGGCGCUCCAGGGAGCACCAUUCUAUAACAUCAAUCUUGGAUGGGGCUUUCAGCUCUUGUUCACACUGAGCUCGCAGAUCAUCGGAAUUGGGUUGGCAGGACUGGCACGGCGAUUCCUCGUCUGGCCAGCGGCAAUGAUUUGGCCUAGUGUGUUCAGCAGUACCACGCUUUUUUACGCGCUUCAUGACAAGUCGAAGAGCGAUGGGAGUAAUAGCAAUGGCUGGACCAUCAGCCGCUACCGAUAUUUCUUCUACGUCCUCCUCGGAAUGUUCUGCUACUACUGGAUUCCUGGGGUUCUCUGGCAAGGUCUUUCGGUCUUUGCCUUCAUUACGUGGAUACGGCCGAACAAUGUUGUCCUCAACCAGCUGUUCGGAGGAUGGACUGGCCUCUCUCUCAUACCAAUCACGUUUGAUUGGACAUAUGUGACGGCCUACCUCGGCGACCCUCUCCUGGCACCAGUUCACACCGCCAUAUCAGAGCUGGCCGGCCUGUUUCUAUUCGUCAUGAUCGUGACCAUCGGCAUCACCUACUCCGGCGCCAUUUACAGCCAGUAUUUGCCCAUCAACACGAGCCAGACGUACGACAACACCCAGAGCGAAUACAACGUCACCCGCAUCCUCGGCGACGGCUUCACGUUCGACCUGCAGAAGUAUAAAGAGUACUCACCUCUUUUUCUAGCACCGACCUUUGCCCUCAACUACGGCAUGUCGUUCGCCGCCCUGACAGCCGCCCUGGUGCACUGCGGCCUUUUCCACGGCAAGGAGAUCUACUACCGUCUCAAGAUCGCAAGAAGUCAGGAGCCAGAUAUCCAUAUGAAGCUCAUGUCAAAUUAUCGAGAGGCCCCUGAGUGGUGGUAUGCAGUUUUGUUCGUGCUAUCCACUGCGCUGGGCCUCGCCACGGCACUAGGCUAUGAUUCACAGUUGCCAUGGUGGGCUUAUUUCGUGGCUGUCAUUCUCGCCAUUGUCUUCAUGUUGCCCACCUGCAUCAUCUUGGCCAUUUCCAAUCUGGGUCUUGCUCUGAAUGUUUUGUCGCCUUUCCUGGCUGGCUUCAUGAUACCUGGAAGACCCAUCGGCGUCAUGAUCUUCAAAGUCUAUAGCACUAUUGUUCUCGGUCAGGCGCAGACUUAUGCUGGGGAUAUGAAGAUGGCUCACUAUAUGAAAGUUCCACCACGAAUUACGUUCUGGUGUCAGGUGGUGGCAACUAUAUGGGCCACCUUUGUCCAGAUUGCGGUGAUGAACUGGACCCUUGGGAACAUUGACGGUGUCUGUGAUCUGGAACAACCCGCCAAAUUUUCGUGUCCUAACGGGCGUGCUUUCUUCUCGUCGUCCAUCGUCUGGGGAGUGAUCGGACCGACGCGGAUGUUCGGAGCAGGAUCCAUCUACCAGUACUUCAACGUCUUCUGGCUCAUCGGCGCGAUCCUCCCAUGCGUCUUCUAUCUCUGCGUCAAGAUCGGCGGGCGCCUGUCCUGGGUCGGCCGCAACCUCCACGCCCCGAUCAUGCUCGGCGCGAUGGGCUGGCUUCCACCAGCGACGCCCCUCUCGUUCUCCACGUGGGGGUUGUUCUCGCUUUUGUUCAACUACUUCAUCAGGAAGCGGUAUCAUGGAUGGUGGAGCACGUACAACUACAUCACCGCGGCGGCCUUGGAUGCUGGGUUGAUCCUGUCUACAAUUGUGAUUUUCUUCGCCAUCACGUUCCCAGGGGUGACUAUACCGCAGUGGUGGGGCAAUGUUGGCGUCUACGACACAAUGGAUGCGGAAUAUACGGCAAUCCUCAAGACUGUAGGCCCAGGGGAGACUUUUGGUCCGGCUACGUGGUGACACCGAUUGGUCUAUGCCUCAUGGAUACAUUUUGGUGGAUCUCUCGAGUAACGGUCUGGGUAAAGCCAGAUUGUCGUGCCUGUCCUUACAAAGUCAAGAGUCAGGAUGAUACCAGCCGUCAGCCAUAUGAAGAGGGCAAGGUCUAAUGAAUUAGCUGAAUUUAUACUGAUUAGUUUCGAGGCCUAUUAAUAAGCGUACAUAUGGAUUUACUAUG